UCUCUCUCCAUCUCUCAUUGUGUUUACAGCCUUGGAGAGGACUGCAUAUCUGACAUUUCUCUCUCAAACUCCAACCAGCUCUCAUCUCAUCUGAAAGAAAAAAAGAGAAGAUAAGAGAGGCUCGUCUGUCCCACCUGACCCGAGCUCAUCUUCACAUCCCCACCAGGGCUGCACCAACAGGCCCCGGCAGCCUGACUGACCUCCCGCGUUUCCCAAUCAAGCCGAUCAAACUGUAACCGGCCCCGCUGCCCUCCAUGGAGCGCGUCCAGCACAUGACCAAAUCGGCCAUUCGCCGAGCGUCUCAGAUUGAGGUGAACCCGCAAGCCAAGAGGAACCUGCAGGAGCUGUUCGUCAACUUCACCCUCAUCCUCAUCUGCCUGCUUCUCAUCUACAUCAUCGUCCUGCUGAGCAGCUGAGAGACGCACGCAGAGAGAGAGUUUUGGCAAGGAUGAGGGUUUCACUGAUACAUGCAGAUUCAUAUAUAUAUAUAUAAAUUUGAAAGAAGCAAUAAUACAGUUUGCAUGUAUCAGCUUAACCCCGUUUCCCAUGGCGGCAGUUUUGACUCCGUGUGAAAACCAAAAGCGGCCAAACUCUCAAUUCACAGCAAAACUCGAGGGUGAUGUGAGAGCUGAUCGGGAAUCAGCUGCACUCCGUCUCAAGGGAAUGAUCAAAAGUGACCCGACUUCAGCAGUUUAACCUUCACCGAUGCGCUUGUACCUCUUUCUGCUGCUCAUUCAGAUUAAUACUGUGCUCAUUUGCAAAGGACGACGACUCCCACUGUACCGUACAAGCACGACGAAGUGCAAUGAUGCUGAAAUAUCAAUACAUCACCACUGUUUGACUUCCAUUUCCCACGAGCCCUCCUCCUUACUUCCUGCAGCCCCCGUCCCCCACCCCCAGCAGAAAGAUAAACAUGCUGGAAAUGUUUUUUUUUUUUUUUUUUCCAUGAGCAUUUUCACGUCUUUCUUGGUUUGCAGCUGACAGAAACCACAGACAGUUCACAGGAAAACACCCAGGCCUCACUGAGGUUUCCUCAAACGUCUCGUUGGUUUAAAAAAAAAAAAAAAAAACCCUAAAAGUUGAGCAAAAAGUAAGAGGGGAAAUCUGAGAACAACAUGCCUCAAAAUAUAAUGUUGCUGCCCUGGAAGAACUGCCAAAGAGUUAAGCCCCUUACACUUCUUUUUAAAUAUAAUUUGUCACUCUCUAUUGGCCCACAGCUGUGGCAGGGGUGGCCAUAAAUCUGCAAACACAAAGGCCUGUGUACCUGUACCUGUGCGCAAAACCAAUCACAUACGCUGCUAAACCUGCUGACCACAGCCUAAACCUGUAAACCUACUGGACUGUUUCACUCAGACUUCUACACUGAGGGUAUCUAAAAAAAAAAAAAAAAAAAAAAAAAAAAAAAAAAAAUUAUACGUUAAAAAGAAAAAAAAAAAAGAUUCUAAUUCUAUUGAAAUUUCAAACUCUGGCGCCUCCCUGUGGCCAUAUCUCAAAAAACACAGUGGAGAAUUUUAAAGAUACUUUCAUUUUAAACCCCCCCCCCGUGUUUUUUUUUAAACUGCUGCGGAGAAGCAACUUUCAUCUACACAACAUCAUUUACAAAAUGAAAAUCUACUUUAAAUAAACUUUCACUGAACUAAUUACCGCUGAUGGCAGCCAAUCAGCUCACUGCAGCUGCAGCAUGUCUGCCAUUAGAUUCAGCGUGUUUCUUACUCCUGUUUGACAUCUAUAAAUAUACUUAAUAUGAUACUUAGAAACGACUCUAAGUGCUGCAGACCUUUAAAGAGUGCAUGUGAAGUGCAGUCUGACUGCAUCUUCAACCUCUUAUUAACAAUGAAAGGUUUGCUUUACGGUGCGCUUCAGAGGGAAUCUCUGAGUUACACUCACGGGUGUGAAGGAAACUCACUUUGCAUGGUGUGAAUUGUUUAAAGCUGUGUCUGUUUAGUUAGUACAGCUACGCUAUUGUUUAUUACAGUAGAAAUUUCUGAAUGUUAGCAGCCAUGAUAUGUUAAAAAAAAAAAAAAAAGUGAGACUCUUAAAUCCUGUCUUGCAGAAACAGAUACCUAAUUAUCAAAUUGUGUUGUUUUUGGAAAUAUAUGAGAUGCACAUAUGGGAGUAUGACUUAUUUUUGUUCUGUUGUAUGUUUGAAAAACUGUACCACCUGAUGUUUAAACUGUGGAACACCAAAUAAAUUGCAUGUCAGUA